AUGGUCCCCUACCGUGUCGCGGCGCUUCGCGUCCAGUUGAAGACUCUGCUUUGCGACGAGAGCAUUCCAUGGCAAGACGCACUGUCGACCGCCCACAUCAAGCUCCGCCUCGCAUACCCAAACUUGACCAACGACACGCUGGAGGCUCUCCUUGGUGGCCCCUCACGCGAGGCCGUCGUCACCACGGUGCGCAAGUUUGUGCUUGACAGUAGGUGCGAUGCUCGCGUAUUGCCUGUGGAUGACCUCCCUCUUCCCGACGACGACGUCGACGACCCCUCGGACCCAGGCUCCAGCAGUCGUUCGUGGAGCCCAGCCCCAACUCUCACACUCAACCAACCCCCUCAAGUCGUCGUUUUCACGCCACUCCCCGUGGCAGCUUCGCCGAUUUCCCUCCACCCAGAGUUCAACGGCGAGGGGGACGUUGUGAUCGUGUGCACUCAAGAUGACCAGCGCGUCGGAUUCCGUGUCCAGGGAAGCCUGCUUCGUAUGGCCAGCCCCAUCCUCGCCAACCUCCUCUCGUCGGCACGCGUGACCACUCCUCGUAUCCUUUCAGUUGACGACAACCUGCACGACCUGCACGCCUUCCUCCGUCUCCUUCGCCUCGGCAGCUCGUCCUCCUCUUCUGGUGUGCCACCCCCGUUCAACCCAACUGUGGUUCAAUGUGCCGGCGCCCACCGCCUCGCGCUCAAGUACAACGGUUGGUAUGCCCGCGCUGUCCUCGACUUUCACGUGGAGCUCCGUGCCGCUUCCAUCGUCGACACUGUGGGACCCCACGCCCACAAGGACCACGUUUACACUCUCCUCGUGCUCGCCCACGACCUCCACAGCUCAUUCCUCUGGGCGGAAGUCUGUGACCGCCUCCAAGUCAAAAAGUGGUGGCACGAUAUCCUCAACCCCUGGAAGAUGAACGACGAAGACGCCGCUGCGCUCGGAAACUCGGUCUUCUCUCUCAUCUCCAUCCUCGCCAGUGUUUCGAGCCGUUCGGGACUGUACUCGGACCUCCACGAGUUGUGUGUCCUUUACUCUGACGAAGGAGACGUGUCCGUUGCUGCCGCGGGACGUUCCAGUGGUGGAGCGACGGCGAUGUGUUCGUGUGGUUCGUAG